AUGUUGGGUUCUGGCGAUGUAUUGUUCGACGGUCCUGGAUGUCGGGUGCGGGCGAAGCGUGAUCGAGCAUUGAGCGUCUGGCGCUUUGAUCUUGCGCGUGAAUCGUUUGAGCAAGCGGGUGAUUUGGGGAGUUUGUUGCUUUUGUUGCUUUCGCAGGGGGAUAGGAAGGGGUUGCAGGGGUUGGUUAAGUUGGCUGAGGAGAAGGGCCAGAACAACCUCGCGUUUGCUACGCUUUUGCAGUUGGGUGAUACCAAGGGCUGUGUUGAUCUUUUGAUCAAGACGCAGAGGGUUCCGGAGGCUGCAUUGUUUGCGAGGACGUAUGCUCCUAGCCUCGUCCCUUCGGCUGUGAAAGCUUGGAAAGCUGAUUUGACGGCCAAGGGUCGACCGAAGAUUGCGGAGGGUAUUGCUGAUCCUGAUGAGCAUAAGGAGUUGUUUGAGGAGGGGUGGGAGGAGGCGUUGAGGCAUGAGAAGGAGGGUGUGGAUGAGGAUGAGGACGAUGAUGAGGACGAUGAGGAUGAGGAUGAUGACGAUGACGAUGAUGAUGAGGAGAGUGAUGAGGAGUAG